CUGUGGUUUGACUUUACAGUGUCCAAAGAACAUUGUACUUAAGCCAUGCUCCAUUGGGGGUUACUGUUUGAUUUAUAAGAAGUGUCUGUCACACUGGUUUUGGUAUAUAGCCUGGAGGCCUAUUAUGGCACUGUACUCUGGGCUGUCACCUUUUAACUUGUUUAAAUUACCAUUCUGUGUAUUGACACUGGUGUUAGAGAGCAGCACUUCCCUCACUGUUCUUUUACAAUCAAUAUCUACCCAUGUACAUGGCAUAUUUGCACCCUUAAAGGAGAAGGAAUAUCACGGUGCAGUCUUCUGCUAAUAAGAGCACCGGCCCGGGGUGUCAGAGUGCCUUGGUCCCUAUGUCCCUGGAGGAGCAGCAGAUACCAGAUAUGCGCGGGACUUUGAGUAGAAGCGGGAGCAGCAGUCGUGACGUGGGCGAGGGACAGAAUCCAGAGCCGCCGUCCCCGAGCUCAGGAAGGGGCAUAAAGAAGCGGCGAGAAAGCGGCUCCGAGGAGGAGCAAUCCGCACUGGUGUCAUUCGAGGAGUCCUCCUCCUCCUCUCUCACCGCAGACCCCCCGCCACAUCCCUCCUCAUCCCCUCCCUCCCAGCCGCAAUGCUGCCCCUCAGCGCCCGGCAGCUCUGUCGCACGCUGCUGUCAUGGAGGAGCCAAGAUGGCGGCCCUGGCCUACAACCUGGGCAAGCGGGAAAUCAAUCAGCAUUUCAGCGUGAGGAAUGCCAAAGCGCUGGCCUUGGCGGCCGUGCUGCUGCUAUCCGUCUGCCAUGCCGUGUCCUGGGGAUUCUUCCGAGGAGAAGGCACAUGUGAAUACCUUAUAUCCAGCGGCCGGUUCCUAGGGGAGAAUGUAUGGCAACCAUACAGCUGCAUGAUGCACAAGUACAAGAGCAGUGAAGCCAAGAGCUGUUUUGCAGAGCAACAUGUAACAUUUGUUGGUGAUUCCCGGAUUCGCCAGUUAUUCUAUGCAUUUGUGAAGAUUCUAACGCCUCAGUACAAAGAGGAAGGAAACAAGCAUGAAAACAUUUAUUUUGAAGAUAAAGCUGCUAUGCUGAAAAUUGAUUUUUUAUGGCAUCCAGAAGUCAACAACUCCAUGAAGCAAGCCUUCCAGUCUCUGAGUGAGAAUGAUAUAUCAAAGUCUACAAUGGUCAUAGCAGGUGCUGCCACGUGGUCGAUAAAGAUUAACAAUGGAAGCCGUGAAUCUCUUGCCCAGUACAAAGUGAACAUGACUGCUGUGGCCCCUGUUUUGGAAAACCUGGCUGAGGUCAGCCAAGUAUACUGGUUCCUGCAAGAUCCGGUGUAUGAGCCUUUGUUAAGUGAAAGUCGCAAAAUGAUCACAAACGACAGGAUUGAUGCAUACAAUGACAUUGCAGCUGGAAUAUUAAAUGGCACUACCAGAAAAUCACAAUCAAAAGUAAACAUUUUCAGUGUUUCGAGACUUAUAUCUGAAGAGAUCAUUUCCAAAUCGUUCGAUGGUCUGCAUCUCCCUGAGCCAAGCAAAGAUAUCAGUGCCAUGGUUCUCAUGAACGCGUUCUGCAACAAAAUUGUAAAUCCCAUCGACGGUUCAUGCUGCCAGCCUACUCCUUCCCUUACCAUCAUACAGAAAUUAGCUGCAUGCUUUUUUAUUUUUGCCAUGAUCGCUUUUGUAUUGAUCAUUGUCCAGCGAAACAAGCAUCGGAGGAACAAACAAUGCAACGAUAUAGAGAGUGGGGAGGAGAAGAAGCCAGCCACAGCAACACCCGCUGCAUCCAGCCUGGAAAAUCUUCUCUUUUCUCUCAGCAAACUGGGCCUCAUUAUGGCCUAUUUCUACUUCUGUGACAGAGCAAACCUGUUCAUGAAGGAAAACAAAUUUUAUACACAUUCUUCUUUCUUCAUCCCAAUCAUCUACAUCCUUGUCUUAGGACUGUUUUACAAUGAAAACACUAAAGAGGCUAAAUUAUUAAACAGGGAACAAACCGAUGAAUGGAAGGGGUGGAUGCAGCUUGUCAUAUUGAUCUACCACAUCUCUGGAGCAAGUUCUUUUUUGCCAGUGUAUAUGCACGUCCGAGUUUUGGUUGCUGCCUACCUAUUCCAGACGGGAUAUGGACACUUUUCUUAUUUUUGGCUUAAAGGUGACUUUGGAAUUUAUCGCAUUUCCCAGGUUGUUUUCCGCUUGAACUUCCUCGUAGUGGUGCUCUGCAUAGUGAUGGACCGGCCAUAUCAAUUCUAUUACUUUGUUCCAUUGGUAACGUUUUGGUUCAUGUUCAUCUAUGCAACGAUGGCUUUCUGGCCUCAGAUACUCCAGAAAACUGCAAAUGCAAACAGCCUGUGGAAUGUCGGCCUUAUUCUGAAACUUUCUUCUGCUUUGCUAUGCAUAGUUUUUCUGUCAUAUUCUCAGGGCGCCUUCGAGAAUUUAUUUUCCCUGUGGCCUCUCUCAAAGCUGUUUGAAUUAAAUGGGAAUGUUUACGAGUGGUGGUUCAGGUGGAAACUGGACCGUUUUGCUGUUUUCCACGGGAUGCUGUUUGCCUUCAUCUACCUGUUGCUGCAGAAGCACCAGAUGCUCUUUGAAGGGAAAACUGAAGCUCUUUUUUCCACCAAAGUUUCCAGUGUGCUGCUCUUCUUCUCCGUAGUAUCGUUUUUUACCUAUUCAAUCUGGGCUAGCAGCUGCAAGAACAAAUCCGAGUGCAAUGAGAUGCAUCCUUCUAUUUCUGUUGUGCAGAUUUUAUCUUUUGUGCUUAUAAGGAACAUUCCUGGAUAUGCACGUUCUGUAUAUAGCUCUUUUUUUGCCUGGUUUGGCAAAAUUUCUUUAGAAUUAUUUAUAUGCCAGUAUCACAUAUGGCUGGCAGCUGAUACAAAGGGAAUUCUGGUCCUCAUUCCUGGAAACCCUAUGCUAAACAUAAUCGUUAGCACUUUUAUAUUUGUGUGUGUGGCACAUGAAAUCUCCCACAUAACCAACGAUCUAGCGCAGAUUGCGUUGCCCAAGGAUAGAUCAGCCCUUGCCAAGAGGCUGCUGUGCAUCGCUGGAUUCUUUUGUCUCCUUUUAAUCUUAUCAGCGCUCCAAAACACCUAGGACUUUACUUGUACCAGACUGUAGGAAUGAAUACUCUGAAGAGGACUGUAAGUGCUGUCUGUAUAUAUUUAUAAAACCAAUAUGAUGUUGCGUUUUUGUAUAAGAGCACUUUCCGUUUACAUUAUUUCUUUUGUGAGGAACUGACAGUUGGGAGAUUUCCCUGCGGUUCAAAUAAUAACAAAGCUUCACUGACCUCUCGAGCUGUGAAGAACUUCAACAAGCUGACCCUUUAUUUCUUUUGUUGGCUGCACCAGUUUGGCCUUCACUGACGGAUGUAAGAUCUUUGAGAGCGGCUUGUUUGCAGGGUGUACAGAUUUUCUGCCAUUGUAGAAAAUAGGGAAUGUAAUAUUCAGAAUUAUUUUUUAUUUACCGGGGCAUUUGUGUGUUUGGAAUGGAUGUACGUGUCUAUUCUAGAUAUGCUUGUAUGUGGAUGUGUGAUUAUCUCUGUUUAUUUAACUCUUUGUACCAAUCAAACGUUGGGUUGGAAAUUGUUUAUAAAUACUUUAUUGUAAUGUGUGGUAAGAGUGUAAAAUUAUGUGUAUAUAUAUAUAUAUAUAUAUAUAUAUAUAUAUAUAUAUAUAUAUAUAUAUAUAUAAAGUUGGCAGCUUUCU